AUGGGAGGAGCGCAGUGCAGCUCCUCUCUGUAUAAGAAGUGUUGAACGUUCAACAAGGGAUUUUACACAGCUACUCAGGAGAAACGAAAUGAUCUGCCCUGGAGCCGCAGCAAAAUGCUGGAUGGACACCUACUCCUGGGAUGGUUAUCGUUCACAGUUAUAGUGUGUCUUCUCAACUUGCCUGGACCAACCGCGGCGUAUUUCGGGUUGACAGGUAAUGAGCCUUUAUCUAUCCUGCCACUGAACUCUUUACCAGAGGAGGUCACGGGCAGGGCCCACUACAAGCUGUGUGACCGGCUCAAACUUGAAAAGAAGCAGCGCAGGAUGUGUAGACGAGACCCGGGUGUAGCAGAGACCUUACGAGAGGCCAUCACUCUGAGCGCCCUAGAAUGCCAGUAUCAAUUCCGAUUUGAGAGGUGGAACUGCACCUUGGAGGGGCGCCACCGAGCCAACAUACUAAAAAGAGGAUUUAAAGAGACAGCCUUCUUAUAUGCCAUCUCUUCUGCGGGCCUAACCCAUGCGAUGGCCAAAGCUUGCAGCGCAGGCCGCAUGGAGCGCUGCACGUGUGACGAAGCCCCGGAUCUGGAGAACCGCAAGGCUUGGCAGUGGGGAGGCUGUGGAGACAACCUCAAAUAUGCCAACAAGUUUGUCAAGGACUUCCUGGGCAAACGCUCCAACAAGGACCUCCGCGCACGCGUGGACAUGCACAACACAAAUGUGGGCAUGAAGGUAAUCAAGGCUGGAGUGGAGACCACUUGCAAAUGCCACGGUGUCUCUGGCUCCUGCACCGUCCAGACCUGCUGGAGGCAGCUACUGCCCUUCCACGAGAUCGGCAAGCAGCUGAAGCAGCGUUACGAGACCUCCGUCAAGGUUGGCAGCUCCACCAACGAGGCCACAGGGGAGGGAGAAAUCUCCACGGGCCGGAACCAGCAACAGCAGCAGCAACAGCCGCAACAGCAACAGCAACCCCUGCCUGGCCUGAACGAUCAGAUCCCUCGUACUAUGGACCUGCUCCACAUUGAGGAUUCGCCCAGUUUCUGUAGACCCAGCAAGUACUCAUCGGGCACUGCAGCCCGGAAGUGCUACAAGGACAAAAACUGUGACGCUAUCUGCUGCGGGCGAGGCCAUAACACGCAAAGUAGAGAGGUGACCCGGCCCUGCCAGUGCCAGGUGCGCUGGUGCUGCUACGUUGAAUGCAAGCAGUGCACGCAGAGAGAAGAGGUUUAUACCUGCAAAGGUUAACCUCAGUCAGUCCCAAUCCGACCCUAUGCGAAAAAUGAUGGUCUGGGGGAGAAGUCAUCGUUUUCAUCCAUAGUUUGGCUUUCACUGUCGGAACAAUGUUCUGCAAACAAAGGAGAGCGAGCCGAUGGAGAAGCAACAAGCACUUUGAGGAAUUUCUGUGAGUUGGGUUUCAGAGGUCGCCUUGUCUGGGGUAUGCCAAUGUAAAAACCCACUCAGACAACUGGGUCAACAUCUCAAGCUUUUUGCCACCAUGUUGCCUUGAAGAGAGAAAGCUUUCCUAAAAACUAUAUCUAUAUAUAUUAUUGCAUCUUUACACAAGAAAAUAACGAUUAGCGUCCAGUUAAAGAGGAUCCAGUUCAAGCACAGUAACACCAACAGACUGUUAUUUGGGGCCUUGCCCAAAGAAGAACUGUGUGUAUGUGUUUUUGCAUUUGUCGUUCUUUACAUGUGUGUUUGUAUGUGAGCACAUGAUAUUGAGGCGGAGUGAGUUCUAAUGACGACACUUAUGGCAAUGAAAACCAUAUUCAGAGACUGCUACGAAAAGACAGGGUGUAAGAAUUAUUCUACACGCACAUAUUUACACUCAAACACAAGGUGUGUUUGCAUAUGUAUGUUAAUAAUUUCAGUUAUAUUGUAAUGAUAUUAUACAAGCCACUUAUCUAACUAUGUUAAAACAAACCACUAACCACACAAAUGUUUUAGGUUUGUGUGCUCUUGCUCGUUUUUCUUCUUGAUUCAUUCUGACAAGGCCCUUUGGAAAGCAGCACACUUAUGUUCGUUGUCUUGCUGUGCAUAAUUUAUAAAUCCUUUGGGACUAUUCCUUCACAGGAAGAAAAGAAAUCAAAUUUGUUCUUGUAAACUUUUUUUUUCUUUUUGAAUAAUAUAAUAUAACAGGAAAUAACUAAACCAGUCAGUUUAGGCUAUUCUCAGCCUUGAGCAAACCAGUGUUCAGGGAAUAACUUAAACCACUAUAACUAUUUGGAUGAAAUAGGCAAAAGUUGUGCAAAUGCAUUGAUAUCCAAGUUGGAACAGUGAUCGCUUGACCUGCAGACAAGUCCACGUGUGACUCAGACAACCAUUAUAUGAAAAAAGAACAAAAAAACUUCAACGUGGGGCUCUGCGGAGCUUAAAUCUACUUAUUAGGAUAUUAUUUUGUAUAACGUUUAAUACUUUGAAGUUGUAAAGAAAACUGUGGAGAACUGGAGGAAUGUAGCCCCCUGCCAUUUCACAUCCUUCUUUCCUCUUCAGCUGCCAUGAUUUGAUUGAGCCAUAUUCAGUGUGCAGACACGCAGCAUAUGUAGUAGGAGCUGCAUUGGUUAGUCCAAACAGUAUGGGGCAACUGAGACGGAAAUCGAACUUGAUGUUACUGCAAAUUUGCUCAAGUGAAGAUGAAUGUGUCAGCCUCAUAGCUAAUAUAAGUAUAUUUUGUAAGACUAAUAUUUGCUUUAUGUGUUAAGCAGAUUGAUGUCUCGAUGCAAACUUCGGGGUUCCACUAAUCUGCCGUCAUUUAGUUGCAGCAGAGGUUGUUAAUUUAUCUUUUCAUAUUCUGCAACAUACUGAACCCUAUAAACUACAGUGACAGUUAAAGAACAAAGCUUAUGACUUUAAUGUUAUGAACAAUGGCUCUCUUCACACAAACAAUGCAGAUAAAAAAAAAUAUUUCAUUGUAAUCUCAGCAUUUAGUUUCUGGGAACAUUAUGUUAUAUACUAUAAGAUGUAAGACCUUAUAUGCCUUGUUUUAGAUGGGUGUGAAUUAACUACUGAGUGAGGGACCCAGCUUUGUAUUAUAGCGCCAUUCACGCACUGAAGCCCAAAAGCCCUUUAAAGUAUUUAAAGACCUGUAUUUACGGAUACAGUGCAGUGCAGUUUUUAAUUGUAAAUAGUAAAGGUUUCUUCUCCUGUGGUAAAGAGACAAAAGUGAGGCACAUGUUCAUCUCUCACAAGCAACAGAAAUUGGUAGCAAUAAGAAACGUUAGGGUGAGACGUAGCGGUGGUGAACCAUAAAUACAUACAGCAGAUAGCUGCUGGAGCGAGACGGUGACAGGUUGUAAUCAGUGAUAGCAUCAUGCAAACAUCCUCAAACGGACGAGUGUCAGUGUUGUCGAAGAAUAUUACCACAAUAUCUGAAAACAAACCACAGUAUUUGUCAGUAAUAUCAUGCUUGAGGAGGAGAGCCUCGUAUGGGUUAUUUGUAGUGAGGAGACGAAUUCCAAGCAUUCUGAUAAGAGGAGGCAUGCCAAAUAAAGACUGGUCAAAACAUAUACAUAGAACUUUGCACGCUACAUGGAAACCAUAAUAGCUAUGCUGAGACUCGAAGCAUAAAUGCCUGCUUCCCACAACUUUUGGUGUGAGUGUUCUCCACACAUCACUUAGCCUGACACUGAGGUUCUCUACUAUUUAAUAGGUUCAAACUGGUAAACAGACAGGAAUACCAAAUGCACCACAAGUGCAUUAUAAGUUGUCUAUAAAUUGUACAUAGGCCUGAAAUUUCUCCCAAGAAAGAGGAGCAUGAUGCAGCCGUUGGUCAGUUUUUAGAUGACGAUGUCACAGUCGACCAUAUUUUCAAAUCCAAAACUCUGCACUGUUUAGUCGUCAGUGGAUCAUGUACAAAAUUCUAUUUUGUUGAAAAAAUAAAAGAUAAAUUAUUUUUAAAUAUAUUAUGAGCAUGUGUUUAGUGUAAAUAACGUCAAAGACUAAAUUGAUUUUAUAUCCUGUAUUUUUACUCUGUUUUUCUUUUGGGUGUUUGUUCUGUUUGGGGUGGAGGCUUCAAGAGCAGCGUAUACUUUAAACCUACGUCACUUCGUAUCGCAACAUUUGCUGUUAUUUAAGCACUAACAAAUCUUAACAAAUUUAGAAUCAACUCACAUUUUAUUUCAUCACAUGCUUGUCGAGACAUUUCUGAGAGUAGUCAUACAAAAUUACACAAAUUACAAUAUUUCAUAGGAUUUGAUCUGUUUGUAUAAUCUACUACUUUAUGAAGAGUCGAGUGUCGGUCACCGUAUGAUCCACUACAAACUGAUGAAGACCGAGUCAGUGUGGAGUGGUUUAUAUCAGCUUCGGAUCACUUUACAUGUCUAUGUACCUUUUUGUUUUUUUGUUAGGAUUUGUGCUGUGCUUGUAAAAACAUAGAUAAAUCACACAAACCAUGUAUUACCCUUUGUGAUGAUACUACACCAACAAAACUUUGUCCAUGUUCACUUAUUCAUGUCUUAUGGGAAUCCUAAAUUAUUUUCCUCUACCUCAUGUGUAUAGCUUGUAGGUAUAAACAGAUCACAAAUGACUGGUAAGAAUGUAUUUAAGUUAUUUAACAUCUUUGUAUAACAAAGGCGAAAAAAAUCUGAAAUAAUAAAUGAAUUUUUAAAUGA